AUGACCUGCAAUAAUGCUGGUUGUCCUAGAUGGGUAUUUGUGCUCUAUCUCAUAAUUCAAGGCAAGCUUUAUACUAGAGAUAGAUUGCUAAAAAGGGGCAUGAUCAAUGACCAAACAUGUCCAGUAUGUGAAGCUACUGAGGAAUCCAUUCAGCACCUCUUUUUUGAAUGUCCUAUCUCUUCUUAUAUCUGGUGCAAAAUUCUUAAAUGGCAAGGUUAUACUAGACAGGCAAUGAGAUGGCAUGAUGAGUUGCAAUGGGCUGUGAAAUUUGCUGCAAACAAGAGCUCUAAGGCAGAGAUAUAUAGGAUGGCGAUGGAUGCCACUGUCUACUACAUAUGGCAACUCAGAAACAACAGUCUUUCCGAAUCCAUCCAAGACUGGUGA